AUGAACAUAACGCCAUUGGAUGAAUUACAAUGGAAAUCUCCGGAAUGGAUUCAAGUUUUCGGCUUGAGAACUGAGAACGUUCUGGAUUACUUCGCUGAAUCACCAUUUUUCGAUAAGACGUCAAAUAACCAAGUAAUUAAAAUGCAAAGGCAAUUCUCGCAACUAAACGAUCCUAAUGGUAAUGUGAAUAUGGCACAAAACAUAAUAAACUUAUCGGAUGGAAAGAAUGCGAACUUGGAAGAUGAAUUUGCCUAUGUAGAUUCGGCAAGAAGACAAAUUCUCUUCAAGUACCCUAUGUAUAUGCAAUUAGAGGAAGAACUGACUAAGUUAGAUGGUACUGAGUAUGUACUGAGUAGUGUGAGAGAGCCUGAUUUUUGGACUAUCAGGAAACAAAGACGAUUGAACAAUUCUAGUGUGGGAAGCUCCAAGGGACCAAAGAUUAUCCCAUUACAAGACUACUACAUAAUUGGUGCCAACGUCUACCAAUCACCAACCAUUUUUAAGAUUGUACAAAGUAGACUGAUGUCCACGAGCUAUCACCUGAACAGUACAUUGGAGAGCCUGUACGACCUGAUUGAAUUCCAACCUUCCCAAGGCGUACACUAUAAAGUACCCAUAGACACCAGUACUACCACACCCGCUGCUCCUAACGGCAACAAUGCUGGUGGAGGGAGCAACAAGGACAGUGUACGACCCACUGGUGGCGCCAACAUGGCAACUGUUCCCUCGACCACAAACGUCAACAUGACAGUCAACACCAUGGGUACAGGAGGACAGACAGUGGAAAAUGGCACCGGUCGUGCUGGAAAUGGUAACAUGGGGAUCACUACGGAAAUGCUGGAUAAGUUAAUGGUUACAAGCAUCAGGUCUACCCCCAACUACAUAUGA